AUGUCUAACCACCUGAAAGGCCAGACGGCCCGGCAGGAGGUACCCCAAGAGCGGUACCUUCGCCACCACUCGGCGGUGAUUCCCGUGGGGUUGGGCACAGGCCAGCUGCAGGCCAUGCGCUGCUGGACAGCUAAGAGCCCCGCAGUCCUCGCGAACCCAGCGCUCCUCUUCUCCCUGUGUGUUAUUCGGCCCGGCUCUACUCGCGAGAAAUACGUGUUGGAGCAGCUCGACCCGCCUUUGAAAGAAAGGUUUGAAGUGGACGCAGACGAAGUUUUGAAUGCGAAUAGUGAAGAAGACGAGUUGCAGUCGCCUGACAUUGGGCUCUUGAACCACAAGAACGCCGCCUGUGUGCUUUCCAUGUUGAAGACCCGCUACCUGGCGGGCAAAAUGUACACCAUGGCAGACCCGCUGCUGGUCGCAAUUAAUCCUUUUAAGGAUCUUUUCCUACACUGA